UUACCCGGACUGUAUUAGGGCGGUGCAGGUGAAGCACGCUGUGUAGUGGAGGGUGUGUUGUGCUGAAUAUGGCUGAAUGUGUUUGUGACUCUGAAGGGGAGACCGGGGUAGUUCUGGGGUUUCUGGAGGAGACAGAGCCCUGGCGGCUCCGCAGCCCUCAGUUCCCCAGUAAAGUGGGGGGGAGGCCGGCCUGGCUGAGCCAGCUGCAGCUCCCUGCCCCCGCCGAGCUGCUGUGUGAGCGGUGCCGCCUGCCCCUCGGGUUCCUCCUGCAGGUUUACGCUCCGGUUGUCGGAUGUGAGCGAAGUUUCCACCGCACUCUGUUCGUGUUCUGCUGCAGGACCCCGGCCUGCUACACCACAAACGACAACAGCUGCUUUAAAGUGUUUAGAAGUCAGUUACCAAGGAAAAAUGACUUUUACCCCUAUGAUCCCCCACCUGAGGAGGAGCCUGCUGACAGUGGGGACGAACAUCGCAUACUGAGCUCUGGAGUUAAGCUAUGUUGGGUUUGUGGCUGCCCUGGACAGAAAGCCUGUUCACGCUGUCAUUCAGUUACAUACUGCAGCAAGGAGCACCAGACUAUCCACUGGAAGCAGCAUCACAAGAGAAAGUGCUGUACUGAAGGAGCUUCUUCUGCUUUAGAAGAACACAAUCCCUUCCUGUUUCCUGAAUGGGAGCUGGUUACAGAGCCUGAGGAACUACCAGUAAAAGAUGAAGAAUCACAGAAUGAAUCUUCAGAAGGAGCAGGGUGUGCUUCUUCAGAACUGGAGGAGACAGAGUUGGAGAGCAUGGCCCUUCAUGAAACCCAGGAGUCUAAAGUCUUUCAGAAUUUUAAGAAGUGCAUAGCUACAGAACCAGAACAGGUCUUGCGAUACUGUAGAGCAGGAUCUCCACUUUGGGUGUCAUCUAAGCAUGUGCCCAGUAAAGCAGAUAUACCAAACUGCCAAUGUGGUGCCCAGAGAAACUUUGAAUUUCAGAUAAUGCCCCAGUUGCUGAAUCACCUAAAAGUGGACAGGACAGAUGCCAGUAUAGACUGGGGAAUGCUGGUCAUCUACACAUGUGUAGACAGCUGUGACCAAGGCAACAAAUACUCACCAGAGUUCAUCUGGAAACAAGACAUUUCAGAGGAUCGGGCUCAUUAACUCCACAAUGUAACAAAACAUACAUCACUUAUCAAUAUUUAUAAUCUUGUUCAUAAAAGGUUAUUUGAAACUAAGAAAAUGGUGUGUUU